AUGCAGCCCUGCUCUCUCCACCCUAUACCCCUGCUACCCCCUCUAUCGACACACACUGUUACAUAUCUCUGGGUAAAAUGUAGCUUCAAUACACAUGUUCUCUCAUACAGACUCUUUGUGUGAUAUCUUUCACUCACGCUAAUACAGGGAUACACAGAACACACACAUUUGGGGUUAUGUCUCUGCAUUACUUCGCUCUGUGUGAUAUCUCUGUGCAAUCCUUGCCCACUGGGCACAAAAUGCAAUGUUUGUUAUCAGUGGGGGAGUGGAGACUUUCUCUCUUUCUUUCUCUUGCUUCCCCUCUCCCCCCUCAAUCUCCCCCUCCUUCUGUCUCUCUCCAUCCCUUUCCACCACUCCUCAUGCAUGAUCUCUCUCCUCCACCUUUCCCUAACCAUCCGUCUCCCUGACAAUCUGCGUCCUGCAUCCAUCCAUCUCUCGGUUAGUGGUGAGAUGGGGAAUAUGAAAACAGGCGGAAAAGAAAACAGAGAGCAAGAGGGAAAGAAAACAGAAGCAGAUUCAAUAAGAGAGACUUCACUGUGGAGAGGAGGAAGGAGUGUGUUUGUGUGCUCUACCCUCCCUCUCUCACUCUCGCUCUCUCUCUCUCUCUCUGUCGCUCUCUAUCUCUCUCUCCCGCUCUCUCUCGCUCUCUAUCUCUCUCUCUCUCUCUGUGCGAGUGUGUGUAAGCGUGUGCGUCUCUUCUGGCUCCACCGUUGUUCACUCGCUCCAUGGAUGAGCUGGGAAGAGGAGGGAGAGCGGAAUCAGUGGAUGCGUCUGGCCGGAGGAGAAUGGGAGGAGUUUGGAUCGGCAUGCACGACUAACCGGCGGCUCUGAUCAUCGGCGGCUCUUUCUCCAUCCCUCCCUGACUCCCUUCCCCCUCUCUCUCCCCUUAUCUCUCCCCCUCUCUCUCAGACUCACACACACUCACGCACAGGCUGGAUGUCAUCUCGCUAGGCUGAACGAGAGGUGCUUAGGCUUGUCAUUAGUUGCACAGGGAGAUCCAGAGAGUUGGGUGUGUGUGAGUGUGUGAGUGUGUGUGAAGUGGGGACACUGAAUACACAGAGGUGGCUCUGAUUGGCUCGUGGCUUAAAUUACUCUCUCACUCGCGCUCUGUGUGACAGUGGACUUACCUCUGGGAUCCUGACAACGAAAACAAACGGUCACUGAGAGAAGGAGAGAGGGCGGGGGGGUUGCUUUAUUUUGCUCUGUGUCUCUGUGUUUGUCUCUCUCUGUGCUGCAGGUGUGUGUGUUUGGGGCACUCAUCCUCCCCCUCUUUCUCUCUUUCUCUGUAUGAACUGAAAGUGUGACUGUGAUCUUAUUCUAGGUGGUAGUUCAGGGCUCUCAUUGCAUUGCCUCUCUCUCUCUUUCUCUCUCGCUCUCUCGCUCUCUCUCUGUGUGUGUCUCUGUAGGUGUCUGUGUAUUGGGGCCUCCUUGGCUGUGGGGCCGAAGGGGUCAUGAUGGACCUAAAGGAGAGCUGUGGCAGUGAGGGGAGCCAUGAGAGCUCCAGUCUGCACCCGUCCUCCUGGCAGGCCUUCUCCCACACUAGCACGCUCCACGGCCUACGCUUCAUCUUUCCCUACGGCCGGCCUACGCCUCGCCGCCUGCUCUGGGCCGCCGCCCUGCUGGCCUGCCUGGGCCUCCUGGCCCUGGAGAGCUUCGAGCGCCUGGCCUAUUUCCUGUCCUACCCCCAUGUGACUAGCGUGGAUGCCGUGGUGUCGGGCAGCCUGGUGUUCCCUGCCGUCACCGUGUGCAACCUCAAUGCCUACCGCUUCAGCCGCCUGUCCCGCAAUGACCUGUACCAUGCUGGGGAGCUACUGGCCCUGCUGGACGUCCACCUGAGGAUCCCUGAGCCCCAGCUGGCCGAGCCCCACGUCCUGGCCUUCCUCACAGACAAGGCCAACUUCACCGCCUACAGGCCCAAGUCCUUCAGCAUGCGUGAGUUCACCGAGAGGGUGGGCCACGACCUCAAGGAGAUGAUGCUCUACUGCCGAUACCAAGGCCAGGAGUGCAGCCACAAAGACUUCAAAACCGUAAGUCUACUCAUAGUCUCCCUGUCUUUGCUCAGGUCUGGCAUGGGUCAGAUCUCCUGCAGCGCAGUUGAGUCUCUCACUCAGAAGGCUUUGUCUGUCAAGUGUUAA